CGCCGCGUCAUGCUACGGAAGUCUAGUCUCUGAAGCUCGGUCGUGUGGGCCCCUGUGAACUCUGCCUGAGUCCCAUCGCUACCGAACCGUGUGGGGAGCCUCGCUGGAUGUACCUGCCACACAGCUCGUGUAGAUUGGUGUCGCUGUGACAAGCCGCGGUCUGACCAUGGGAGCGAACAACAGCACCCGCCGUGUGUCGUUCGAGUCGGACGAGAACGAGAAUAUAUCGGUGGUGAAGGGCAUUCGGCUUUCUGAGAAUGUCCUCAACCGCAUGAGGGAACCCGCAGCUCCUCCUAAAAAACAACAACGUGCUCCCACUCGACCACCUCCCUUGGAGCCGACACUUACUUCCUCUCCUCUCCUCCGGCCACUGCCUCCCCCCUUUGACCCGAUCACCUCCUUGCCUCCUCCCCCUCCUCUCGUAGAACCUGUUGCACCUCCAGCUCCACCUCCACCAGCUCCACUUGCCACAGAGACUGUGGCUACACCUCCACCACCUCCUCCUCCUCAGCCUCCUGCAGAACAGGUAGCAGCCCCCACCAUAGCUGACAUGGUGCUCCCAUCCUCAUCUUUGCCUACAUUGCUCCCAGCUCCCCCUGCUCCUGCUCCCUGCACUGCUUCAGCUGCGGUGGAAGAGCUCGCUGUGCUUGCUUCUCCUCCCCUUGUAAUUGAACCCUCUCCUCCUCCUCCUCCUCCUCCUCCCAUAAAUCAGCCCAUUGCUGCUUCUGCUCCUGUAAUGGAAGCUAUUGCUCCUCCACAGGUGAUUGAAUCCAUUGAAUCCAUUGAAUCCAUUGCUCCUGCAUUUGUAUCUGAGCCCAUAACAUGUCCUUCUCCUGUCGAGAUGGAACCCAUGGCUGCUCCCCCUCCUCCUCAAUCCGAACCCCUCUCUUUCCCUCCAAUUCUCGAGCCUGCGCUCACUCUGCCACCACUGCCGCCUCCUUCAGUGGACACAUUGUCCCUGCAGCCCGCUGAGCCACUUGCUUCGCCUCCAAUGCCAGAGUUUACUUCUCCUUGUGAACCAGUUGCACCUCCUCCUCAGCUCCCAGUAGAGCCAGUACCCGCUGCUCCAGUCCCAGAGCCUGUGGCAGUGCCCGAGUCGAUUCCAGUCCCACCACCUCCUCCUCCACCAGCCGUCGACGAAGAGGCCCUGAGGAAGAAGAUUUCUGUUGAGCUGCACAAAGGCUUUGAGGAGGAGAGGGCCAAGGCAGAGCAAGAGCUGCAAGCCUGGUUGGACUUGGAGAAGACCCGAGCAGCAGAGCAGGCUAACGCUGACGCCCAGUCCCAGGUCCACAGUGAAGUUUCCAGGAUCCUCUCUGUGGAGCGGGCCGUGGUGCAGGAGAACCUCCAGCAGGCUCUCUUAAGGGAGAGGAUCGCCACCGAGGACGAGAUGCUCCGUGCCCAGAUCUAUGAGAUUGGAUUGAAGGCCAAGCAGCUGGAGGCCAGAGAAGCGGAUUUGAAGAAGCAGGAUGUUUUCUACAGAGAGCAGGUGGCGCGGCUGGAGGAGAGGAGCGCUCAGUUCUACAAGGUCACCACCGAGAACUACCACAAAUCUGCAGACCAAGUGAAGGCCAAGUUCAAGCGGUAUGAGAUGUAUCCCGUGUGCACAGACCUGCAGGGCCAGAUCCUCGCGUGCUACAAAGAGAAUGUCGGGAAAACCCUCCACUGCUCCAACAUAGCAGCCCUUUACCUGCAGUGUGUCAACAACUCGAAACAGAAUGACAAGCAUGUGCAUGCACCCUCAUGGAGAGAUGAUAUAACAAGUUGAGGACCGGGGGUUAAGGACGAAAGGAGAAAGUAAGAGGGAGUUUAUUGUGUGGGAUUACUGAUUAUCGACCGAACGACUGACAGACCAGACUGCAGUGAAGGAGGAGGGGAAUGAAUCAGCACCGACACACACACACACACACACACACACACACACACACCCUCAAAACCCUGCCACGGAGCCACACUAGGCACUGAACACAGCACCUAGAAUGAGAAGUAGACGUCCUUUCCCUCAACUCUUAUCUCCUCCUCCUACCUCUCCAAACCUUCGUCUAUCCCUCCUGUGAGAAUGGCAGAGAGGCAGCGAUACUGUCGGCCAUUUUUGGAGACACACCGGUGACCCGCGGGACCCAGCAGGCCGGAGCUUGGCCCGCUGAAAAAGGACAAAGAUGAACCAGAACCACCUCAAGAACGCCAGCCAUCCCCUCUCACUCCACUGCUCUUUAGAAAAACGAAACUCUAUUUUUACACCUUAGUGUCAGUCCUCAAUCUGUUGUCAUUAAUUCAGUGUUUCCACCAGUUCCUAAUGCACUGUCCUGUUCGCAGAUACACACGUGUACGCAUCCGUGUCUCCUUUGCAUCUGUCGGUGUGAUGUUGUCGUGUCACGUUAAUAUUGUAACGAUCCGCGUGUUGGGUCUUCAUCCAGAGCAACACUUUGCCACGAUGUCUGAUCAGAGGAAAAAUAAAAGACGAAACAAUA